AUGGAACACCGAAUCAAGCGAUCGAACCGCCCCAGGUCCAAAACUGGGACAGUCUGUAUUUCGGCUCCGUCCACCCGCGUGACGUCUUCAGUGCAGCAAGCGAAUUUGGCGCGCGAAAUAUUUUGGAAGACUCAGCUGUGUCCGAAGCUCCAUUCCACAGGAGUCUGUGCGCGAAAAGACCAUUGCAGCUUUGCACACUCCCAGGAGGAGCUCAGAACGCCACCUGAUCUGCGCUGCACCAAGUGGUGUCGUCGCGUCUUUCGGGGGCAAGUCUGCGAUGACCCCGGGUGUCCGUACGCCCACAGCAAGGAGGAUCUCCGGUGUAACGGCCAUCAACUUCUCACAUUCAAAACUGCAAUGUGCAAAUUCCAUGCGAAAGGGGUCUGCCUCAGCGGAGAAUCUUGCCGGUUCGCGCACACUGCAGAGGAGCUACGGGGGGGUGCCGACGAGGCAAGCACGCACAGCGAAGACCGUCUUCAACAGGACACCAGCCGCGGCAGCAUUAGUACGAGCAGCGAGACGUCCGGACAGGAUUGUGGCGAGUCAGCAGUCGCGGCGCACUUGGUAACUUCUGCCCUGCGCGCACUGGAGUCUUUAAAUAAAGCGCGAAUAAAAAACACUAGAGAGAAAACCCCUCCGUGGGAAGAGGAAACGGGGCGUUCACCAGUCGGCCUAGCGUCUGGGAUAGACGCUGAACCGGAGGACGCGCUCUCGUCUGCCAGUCUGCCUCACAGCCUUGCGAAGGGAAAAUAUCAAAACGGCACGCAUCUGAUGCCGGGUCUUCGUGUCGGGGUUCACCACGCGUUUGUACAGCGUACUGGACGUGGCCGCGCCGAUGUGGUCACUGAACGGAAAAAGUCGACAGCUCGUGCAGUCGAGAUCCUCGAAGGUGGGCCGUGUGACGCUGGCGCUCUCCCGGCGACGAACAACUGUUUGAGAAAAGCCCCGUCUAAGGUGGAAAGUGCGACGCAGCUGAAGAGGAGAGUGAGCGUUUCGAAGGACCAGACAGAGAAGGGCCGUGCCAGAAAAAAUGGCUCGCUGUGUAGCCGGCAGAACGAUCAGCCGAAGACCGUGCCCAAGACCCGGCUCCUGUCGUACAAGCUGACCCUCUUGAAACGAGGGAAACAGGACCGUCCACUUUUUGGAAUGGAUGCGGCCCCGGUACGCAUUGCAGUAGGCCCUCGGGAGGAGAGCGCAUUUGUUUCCGUUGACUCCCCUAGGACAGGAAGCCACCAACCCCGUACCACCGGUGCCUGCCCCAUCUACCCGUACGACGCGUCCGUGCCUCGCCCAGAGGCCCGUUUCGCAAGAGAAUCGGCAUCGCGUUCAAGCAGUGGAGACUCUCGACAUAGCGUAAAUAACAGCUCUCUGAACCCUGAGGCACCGCCCUUCAUUCCAGCGCUUCUCCUGGGAUCCUCUACGCAACAUGGCGUCCGGCUUGGAGCUUCGCCCUCCCUGCCCGGUCUCCGAAACCUUGCGACAGCCUCCUUUCUGUCCUCGGAUGCGAUGCCGAUCCGUGCUCGCGAAACUUUUUUGGUUCACGGAAAUGCUUCGUCGCCGGCCAGUUUGGGGGGUGCUGGAGCGAGCGAUGUGGCGAGGUUCCUUCAGGAGACCAUGACUGCUCUUUCCGCAGCGUCUCCUGAGGGACCUCACCGCCAUGACGCCUUGCUCCGCGACUUGAGCGGCGAAGCCGCGGCGACUGGGGCUAGCUGUGCAAACGUGGCGUGCAGCGGGAGCAGCCUUUGUGGAGAGGUCGGAGCCGGGAUGAACAGCACACUGUUUCCAGGUUUACCCACCGCAGUGGCUGCCGACAGGGGGGAGAGUCAGGGUGCUGCGGCUUUGGCGGCGUUGCUUGCAGUGUCUCGACUCCUCUCCCCAACAGGCAACGGCGCUCCGCCAGUGAAUGCGCCAUCCAACCAGAGAUUGCCAGGUGCCUUCGCCUCCUCCGCUGCUCUAGGAGAGUCAGCAGACCCUUCCCGGAGACUGACGUGCACACAAGAGAAGAACGACUCUAGUACGAAUGCCUGGAGCACCUUGGUGGCAGCUCUCGUGGCAAUGGCGCCCCACCUGGCGAAGAGCGGAACAUCCGCGGCGGCACACAGCUCCCCGGCGUAUCAGCGCGCCACAGCGCAGACAGCAGAACACGCAGGUUGCUACCGCUAUGCACGUUGGGUGGGAAGCGGUCCUCCCCCUGCAGUCAGCUCGGCGCCGCCCACGAGGGAUCUGCUUGAUUCGUGCACUGGUUGCGUGGCUCCACCUGUUCAGCGGUUUCCGAACGUCCCAUCCUCUCUGGCAGAAACGUCAAGGAAGCUUCCGUCCCCACUGGAGUCUUACCGCCCUGCCGCCUUGUCGAGCGUGGAGACGCCUUCUCGACCUACGACUGCCGUUGGGCCGCUGGCGUCUACAUGCGAGGCUUCCGCCGCUUUGUCCGCCUGGCUGGAUCCUUUUUCGCUCGCCUCUUCCCCCCAGCCUCCGUCUGUCCAGCCGUUUGAACAGCUCAACGCGUUUCUAGGUCUGUCCUCCUCGGCUCCAGGCGGGGCCGGAGGCGACGCGUCUCCGCUGUGCCCCCACCUUUCUUCGUUUUCUGACUCUCUGGCGUUCGCGAACCGUCAUGGGCUUCAGUCGCGGCACCCACACGCCCUUUUCCCGAUUGCGUCACAAGGAAGCUACGAUGGGGCAGGGGUUGGAGGGAGGACCGAAGCGGGCUGGCGCGACUCUGUCGAGUCCUUUUCCGGCGCCUUGAGAACCGCGUCCCUCCCGCGGAGCACUCAAGCACGCGCAGAGGGUCCGAGCUCACGGCCGGUGAGAGAGGGAGAGACUCACGCGGAACAAUCAGCGGCAGAGCGAGGAAAGAACGGGAGCCUCGCAGUGACGGCUGGUGCUCUCGUAGACGUGUUUUCCUCUGUGGCCUUCAUUGACGAUUCGCAGAGGGCGGGAGACCCGAGAAAGGGUGAAGCUGUCCAAGGGAGGUCGGCACUCACCACAGGCGAAGGGACGAGCAAAGGCGAUUUGGACAUGCCCUCCCCCCUUUUGACUGUCACCACAGAACCCGGGCCUUCCCUCGCGAGUCGUGGAAGCUUCGCAGCUGGCGACGAUCUGUUGAGCGGCAUGAAUGGAGUGGAGGCGGAGGCCGACGCCAACAAAGAUGUCCUUUUCGGAGACGAGAGAGAGGCGGAAACAGAAAUAUGGGCAACUUUUGAAGAUCCUGCUGGCGCGCGACUCGCGGACGCGUCGAGCAAGAGGGAAGACCCGAGUGCGAACAGGGCCGCUGUCUGGGUUCCCCUCAGUGGCCUGUCAUGCCCUUUGCCGGGCAUUCCAAAGGAGGAACCUGGUGCAUUUCCAACAGUUUCUUCGACCAGCCAAGAUUAG